UCCGGGCCAUGAAUACUUCUUAUGAUAAAUGAUGAUUAUGAUUGGACCACUUUAAUUUAAAAGGAAUAUGUUUUUAAGUGUCAUAUCAUACCCAUAUAAUAUUAAAUAGUUAUUAUAAACCACGGUGCUUACUUGACUUGCUGCGGACUUUACACACGGCUCAGGAGAAGAACAAAUCGACUUUGUCCUUUUUGGCCUGUUUCGCGUUCCGUCGCUGCCACCGACUCCAGCCAAAGUACGCUUUUCAGAAACCUAAGAGUUGUGUUCUCACACUGUUUUCUGCGCUGAAAUGAGAUUUUGAUCCGACGCUCUCCUCAUGACAGAGGUGUACUAUGUUGGGGUGGACGUGGGCACUGGCAGUGUGAGGGCUGCACUGGUGACCAGGGCCGGCCUGCUGAAGAGCACUGCAGAGGAGCCCAUCAGCAUCUGGGAGCCCCAGACUGACCACUAUGUCCAGUCCUCCACUGAGAUCUGGGACAAAUGCUGCACAGUUGUCAAGAGAGUUACCCAAGGUGUGGACAGCAGUCAGGUACGAGGGAUGGGCUUUGAUGCCACCUGCUCACUCGUGGUUUUGGACCAAAGCUUCCAGCCUGUGCCAGUCAGUCAGGAUGGUGACCGACAAAGGAACGUGGUGAUGUGGAUGGACCAUCGCGCUGAAGAGCAGGCCACUCGUAUCACCGACGCCGGCCACAGGGUCCUGAGCAGGGUGGGAGGGGUCAUGUCACCAGAGAUGCAACCCCCGAAGCUGCUCUGGCUGAAAGAGAACCUGAGAGAACGCUGUUGGAACAAAGCUGCUCACUUUUUCGACCUUCCAGACUUCCUGUCUUGGAAGGCCACCGGCUCUUUGACACGGUCUUUAUGUACUCUGGUGUGUAAAUGGACUUAUUGCCCUCCAGAAGGAUGGGAUGCUGGGUUUUGGACGAGCGUGGGACUGGAGGAUCUCCUGGAAAACAACUUUUCCAAAAUAGGCAGCGAGACGUGCUCUCCGGGGAGCCCGCUGGCGGACGGCCUCACCCAGGAGGCAGCAGCACAUUUGGGUUUGGAGCCAGGAACUGCAGUUGGUGCUUCUCUCAUUGACGCUCACGCUGGAGGACUUGGUGUGAUAGGUGCAGAUGUGAAAGGCUUUCACUUGCCCUGUGAGGACCAGCCGAUCACCUCACGCAUGGCGAUGAUCUGUGGGACAUCAACCUGUCACAUGGCGAUCAGCGAGCAGCCUCUGUUUGUGCCGGGGGUGUGGGGGCCCUGCCUGUCUGCCAUGGUGCCUGGCAUGUGGCUCAACGAGGGAGGACAGAGUGCUACAGGAAGGCUGAUGGACCACAUGGUGAAGGGCCACGCCUCCUACAUCCAGCUCCAGGAACAGGCACGCCAGAGAUUCCCCUUUAAUGGCGAGAACAUCUACAACUACCUGAACAGCCACCUGAGUUCAAUGGCUGACUCCCGUUCUGCUGUGGACCUGCUGGGCUCCAGUCUCCAUGUGUGGCCGGACUUCCACGGGAACAGGUCGCCCCUGGCUGACCCGACCCUGAAGGGCAUGGUGAUCGGACUGCCACUCUCUCAAACCUUGGAUGACUUGGCCCUUCUCUAUCUGGCCACUCUACAAGCCCUCGCUCUUGGUACGCUUCAUAUUCUGGAGGCCAUGAAAGACGCAGGACAUGACAUCACAACCCUCUUCCUGUGCGGCGGGUUGAGCAAAAACCCUCUGUAUGUCCAGAUUCACGCCAAUGCUACAGGAUUGCCUGUGGUGUUGCCGGACCAGAUGGAGGCGGUGUUAGUAGGAGCAGCAGUGCUGGGUGCAUGUGCAUCACAGGACUACUGCACCAUACAGGAGGCAAUGGAGAGAAUGGGGAAAGUGGGGAAAGUUGUUCAGCCUGACUCUGAGCUCCAGAGCUUCUAUGAGAGAAAGAACAAAGUGUUCCUGCGACUGUUCGCCCACCAGAGGGAGUACCAGGCCCUUAUGAACCAGACAUGACGCUGCUGCUGGGACUCGCUCUGUAAUAGUGAUGACAAAUCCACAUACUGGAAACCAGAACAGAAGUCUUAACCUUGCUGAUUUUUAAUAUUAAUGGUCCAGUUUUUUUUCUCAAUAACCUGAAGGACAGCAGCGCUCUGAGGUUGAAUGUCUGGCGAGUUGUUUAGUUGCUUCUGAGUAUCUGAAUGUUGGCAGAGUUUCCACUUCACAUAUGCAGAUGACAGUAGAGAAGACCUCCAUGGAGACGAGCGGUUGUAGCUGUCUGCAUUUUAGAUCAACUGCUGCAAUACCCAAGAAGAGGAGGGGGAUGCAGGAGUGGAUGUGAUGACAUCAUAGGAUGGGGUGACCACUCAGCUCCGUCUAAAGUCAAAUACCACCAAGUACUGUCACCUUCAAAUGUAUUCUUAAUAAAUAAUGAAAAUGACAGAACUAGUGCCUUUGACUGUCACUCCAACCUAAUGUGUUGUUUUUAUAUAUAAUUGAGUGUGCUCCAACUCCAUAGUGACAUUCAUUUUUAAACAGCUUGUCCUUUGUUCUGUCUAAUCUGUAUUUUAUCUUCCAUUUCCUGUUUGCAAUGCCUCCACUGUCCUUAACUCCUCCUGUCUGCUGGUCACAGAGAGGAGCCUGUUGCCAGCCGUCCCCAGGAUCAAAGUUGAUAAGCUCUUCACUGAUGCUGUCGACAGGGUGAGGGGGGAACGCCAAAUCCUGCACAGCUGAGUGAACAGCCUUCAAACAGAACUACCUUAUGAUGGAGAAGGGACAGCGAGAGCGCUGCCGGCCAAAGCUGACACACUCCUGCAGGUUCUUCUGAACGGUAGUGUCCACGAGUCACGACGGGGCCAUUUUAUUGUUUGCGAAUCAUUCUUUGCUUUUAUUGUCCCACACAGGGGAAAUGUGUACAUCAGACACCCAACCAUUAGAGUAGCAGUAAAUCUUUCCGUGAAAUGUAUAGUUUGGCAAGUGAGAGUAGUCAAUUCCACACGUACUUAAACAUGUGCAUCUUACUAUGUUUAACGAAGUACAGCUGUCAGAUAAAAUGAGUACACAUGCAUGGCAAUAGUGUUAUUUUUGUUUUCACUCGUCAUCCUUUGUGAAACCAGCACCAUAAACCACUUCCUCUUGCAAAAUAAAGGUACAUGGGUAAAUCAUACACACGUGAUCCAAUCCCUGAUAGUACCACUGUUACAAGAUAUAAACUUCCACUGCCAUACUGCAUAUAAUAAACCGUUUUCUACAUCUUUAAAUAUAAAAAGAAAUCUCUCAACCUC